CACUCUCGACCCCUUUCCAUCCCUCACAGCUCACGCAGCAAGCGAUGCACAUGGACGACGACGACGCCUUCCUCUACGGUGACCAGUCGCCCCCCGCCAAGCCGGCUGCCGAGCUGCCCAAGGCCGCCGCCGCGAACGGCAUCAGCGACUCCAUGGCUGCAUCAUUAGCUGCGUAUGGCAUCGACCCCUCUGUUGCCGUUGCCGAGGAGAAGGUCGUUGACGAGGUGCCCGAAGAUGGCGGCGUCGAGGAGGAGGGCGACGACGACGAUGAUGACGACGAGAGCGACUCGGACGACGACGACAUCAAGCUCGUUUUCACGUCUGGCCCUCAGCGCACGCUUGAUCUGAGGAAGCCUCAGCAGCCCCAAUCCAACGUCAUUGGUAUCGGCAAGUGGGCGCACACCUCGACUGGUGCUGCUCCCGCUGCCGUCUCGCCCAUCAAGCCGGCGCCUGCAAGGUGUAAGAUGUCCCUUCUCGACGAAACACAGCUGACAUUCUUAGCUGCCGCUGCUGCCGCCACCGCUGCGGCCCCGGACGCGCUCACCGACUACACCCCGGCUGCUCGCCCGGGACAAGCCGCGAGCGCUGCCGCCCCCGCGGGAUCCUACGACGCGACCCCAUCCCAGGCCAUUGUCGCUGGUAACGGACCACCUCCCACCACCCAGCUCCCCCACUCGACGCUCGCUGUGCAGACCGUUCCGUCGUCGACUGCGCCAAUCGACCCAACCAACCCCACCGGCAUCAUUCCUUCCACUGGCACAUCAGUCUACGAUGUCGACACCGCACAGUUCGAAGGCUCUGGUCAGAUGUGGCGCCGCCCAGGCAGCGACAUCUCCGACUGGUUCAACUACGGCUUUGACGAGGUGACAUACCCCAAGUUCUUGAAGUUCAGGCAGGAGAUGGAGCAGGGCGCGCGCGCUUUGGCAUCACUUGGCCCCAUGGGCCAGAUCACGCCCGACAUGGCCCAGAUGUUGCACGUGCAGAUGGCACCCAACCCCCAGCAGCUGCAGCAAAUGCAGCAGAUGCAGAUGAUGGCCAUGCAGGGCAUGGACCCCGCGGCCAUGUUUGCCAUGCAGAACGCCCAGAACAUGCAGGGCGGCGGCAUGGGCAUGGGCAUGAUGGGCAACGCCAUGCAGCAGCAGCAACAGCAGCAGCAGAUGCAGCAGGGCCUGCAGAGGCAGGCUCACACCUCGCAGUCCCAAGGAGAAAUUCAGCAGCAGGCGCAAGUGCCUCCUGUCAUGGCCGGACGUGGAGGACACAUCGCUGCCCGCGGUCGCGGUGGGGCGGCAUUGCGCGGUCGUGGAGGAGUUCCUGUUGGCCCCCGAGCUGCUGUCCUCGCUGGCAACAUUCCCAAGGGCCCCAAGGCUGGCCGCUUCAAGGACAAGGACCGUGUCGCCGAGUCAGCCGCGGCUGGCACAUCUCUGGAUUACGGCGACGACCCAUAUGGUGGUGGCUCUGGGCCUGGAUCGCACCACGAGCGCAGCAGGUCGGCUUCGCCAGCGCGCAGCGACUACCGUGAGCGCGACAGGCGGGAUCGUUACGAGGAGCGCGAGCACCGUGACGACCGACACGAGGAGCGUGACCGAUACGGAGAGCGCGACCGCGACCGUAGCGAACGGAGCUCGUCACGGCGCGACUACGACGACCGGCAUGAGGAGGGUAGCGAGGGCGAGUAUGACGAGCGUGGUGGCGGCGACCGGCACGGCGACCGCGAGCGCGAUCGUGAGCGUGACGACCGGUAUGGCAGCGAACGCGAUGAUCGCUAUGGCGAGCGCGACGACCGCACACCGGCGAGCAGCAGCGGGAAGGCUGGGCUCGGGCCUGACGGUUGGGAGUCGGGUGAGGAAGAGGAGCAGCAGCAGCAGCGCCGGUCCACGCGGCGGCGGAGGUAG